AUGAAGACCGAGAACAAGACCAAGAUUCUUGGGAAGCUGCUGUUCAUGGCCUGCUACGGGGCUGUGACGAACUUCACUCACUCUCGAGCAGGAACGACGAGUGGCACAUGUGAAGAGUUCAGCGUGCGAAGAGUGAUGAUCUUUUCGUGGAAGUUGGCAGGUUUCGAGAUGCAAAAUUCCUACUGGUCCCACCGGAAUGUCCCCUUCCCGGAGCCCCAUUUCCCGUACGGAAACUUCAAAGAUCUCUGGAAGUCAUCGGCCGCCACAUUCUCCUCCAAAAUCUACUCCCAAAUGGCGCACUCCGGACGCUUCUUCGGGCUGUAUUUCUUCCUGGAGCCGAUCCUGGUCGUCACCGAUCUGGACCUGAUCAAGGCGAUCAUGAUCGGUGUUGAGAGGAAUGACUUCUUGAACUUGCUGCUUGAGCUGGAGAAGAAGGGAGUGGAUCUUUCGAUGAACGAGAUCGCGGCGCAGUCCUUUAUGUUUUUCGCUGCCGGAUUCGAAACUUCGUCUUCCACGCAGACCUUCUGCUUGUACGAGCUAUCGUUGCGUCCGGAAAUUCAGGACAAGGCUCGAAAUUGUGUGGUGCAAGCGCUUGAGAAGCACGGAGGAUUGACAUACGAAGCUGUUUGCGAUAUGGGUUAUUUUGAUCAGUGUAUCAAUGAAACCUUGCGAAAGUAUCCGACGCUACCGAUUCUAGAACGACAGACCUUCAAGGACUACCAGAUCCCCGACUCGGACGUGAUAAUCCAGAAAGGAGUACGCAUCCAGAUCCCCGUGUACGCAAUCCAGCACGACGAACGUUACUACCCGGACCCAGACCGCUUCGAUCCGGACCGCUUCAACCCGGAACAAGCCGCCAAUCGUCACAUCGGCGCAUUCCUCCCGUUCGGCGAAGGUCCCCGCGUUUGCAUCGGCCAGCGCUUCGGAAUGCUGCAAUCUCGCGUCGGAAUCGCUACCGUUUUGAGCAAGUCCAGGGUUAGCUCCUGCGCCAUGUCCCAGGUCCCGUUGCAGAUAUCAAGCAAAUCUGCGGUUCUACAGCCGCGGCAGGGAGUUUGGUUGCGCGUUGAGCCGCUCUAA